UUUCAUAAUAACAACAUGGCUGCCCUCUGCAGAGGCAGGCACCGGUGGAAGACAAAUAGUUUACAUGUUUUUACAAGGAACCUGACAGUGAAAUAUGACUAUGACCUGGUGGUCAUUGGUGGUGGUUCAGGAGGCCUUGCCUGCUCCAAGGAAGCGGCACAGUUGGGACAGAAAGUUGCUGUUUUAGAUUAUGUGGAGCCAUCUGCUCAAGGCACAAAGUGGGGUCUCGGUGGUACCUGUGUUAAUGUCGGAUGCAUUCCUAAGAAGCUCAUGCAUCAGGCUGCACUACUUGGCUCAGCGGUCAAAGAUGCUAAGAAGUACGGCUGGCAGAUAUCAGGAACAGUGUCCCAUGACUGGGCCACCAUGUCAGACGCAGUUCAAAACCACGUCAGGUCUCUGAACUGGGGUCACAGAGUUCAGCUCCAGGACAAGAAGGUGAAAUAUCUGAACCUCAAAGGAAGUCUGUUGGACGAGCAUACUGUCAAAGGGCUGAGUAAAGCAGGGAAAGAGACGAUCCUAACCGCCAAGAACAUUGUGAUUGCCACAGGUGGACGGCCCAAGUAUCCCACAAAUGUCCCUGGAGCGAUGGAGCACGGCAUCACCAGUGACGACAUAUUCUGGCUGAAAAAGUCUCCUGGAAAAACACUUGUGGUCGGAGCCAGCUAUGUGGCUCUGGAGUGUGCAGGUUUCCUCACAGGCAUUGGCUUGGACACCACAGUCAUGGUUCGCAGCAUCGCCCUCCGUGGGUUUGAUCAGCAAAUAGCAGGUCUUGUGACAGACUACAUGGAAGACUAUGGGACGAGGUUUGCAUGGCAGUCUGUUCCAAAAAGAGUGGACAAACUGUCAUCGGGAGCCCUGCAGGUGACCUGGACCAACACCCAGACAGGCAACGAGAGUCAGGACACAUACGACUCUGUGUUGUGGGCAGUUGGCAGAGCUCCUGAAACCAAAGCCCUGGGUCUGGACAAGCUUGGUGUGCAACUCAACAAGGAGACGGGGAAAAUAGUUGUGGCUGCCGACGAAUCUACCUCAGUGCCAAACAUCUAUGCUUUCGGUGACAUCAGUGAGGGCCGCCCUGAAUUGACCCCAACGGCCAUCAAAGCUGGAAAGCUCCUUGCCCACAGACUGGCCGGUCAGAGCACUGAGCUCAUGAACUACAACAAUGUGGCCACCACAGUGUUCACCCCUCUGGAGUACGGCUGUGUGGGUCUGUCUGAGGAAGAGGCCGAGAGGAGGCACGCAAAAGACGGCAUAGAGGUCUACCACGCUUUCUAUAAACCUCUAGAGUUCACUGUUGCAGAGCGUGAUGCCAAACAGUGUUACAUAAAGGUGAUAUGUGAGCGGGGUGGUGAUCAGAAGAUCCUGGGUCUGCAUUUCACUGGUCCAAAUGCUGGAGAAGUUACACAGGGCUUUGCUUUGGGCUUCCAGUGCGGAGCAUCAUAUUCUCACCUCUUGCAGACGGUAGGAAUCCACCCAACCUGUGCCGAGGAGGUGGUCAAGGUCAACAUCACAAAGCGCUCUGGCUUAGAUGCUACAGUCACUGGCUGCUGAGGUUAAGCGCCUCGGCCUCUGAACACAGUGAGCGCACAGAAGAAAGACGUUAGCCUUUGUUUAUCUCGCUCUUUUUCCUCGUACCUCUCCAUUUCAAUGGCCCAGGUUUUCACUGGGCUUUUGGCUGCACCUCCUCUGCACUCGAGUCUCGUCAUAGGCUAGCGAUGCAGGUCAUCACCAGCUGCCCAGGUUAAUGUCACUGACAUGCCAUGUAGUAACCAAGACUGUUAUUAUCCCAGUACACACAUGUUGUGUGUGUGCGCUCUAAAAACACAGAGCUGUAGAUCAGGUUAGAAGAGCCCCGCCACAGAGCGAGCGUCUUUUAAAUAAACACGUUCAUCAAUCAGGAUUAAGGCCUGCGCUUAGGGUUUUGUUGAAAUCGUACGUAAAACGUAGACCGAGCCCAAACGUUCUUCUGAAUAUAUAUUCCGCAAAUAUUGUUGUUUCUCUGGCUGUACUUCCUGUCCAUUAGUCUUGGAGGUGACACAUACCAUACACCCCCCCACCAUGACACUGAUGGAUAGCCCCAGGGCCGUCGCCGCAGCGACACCGCUCCAUUUCCCAUGGACACACACAAAUAGUCGGCGGGGCGCCUGUCAGUCAGCCAGCAAAGACCUGAUCCAGGGAGCCCCAGCUUGUUUAGGGCUCAGCAGAGUCCAGCAGACCCCUUCCUUUUCCUCCCAUGCCCUUCUCCAUCCACAAGUAUGAAAAGAAUAUCAGUGAGACUACAAAUAUAUGCUGUCAAAAGCUGUAUGGAUGGCACAUCCCAGGCACAGAUACAACUCUAUCUGUUGAUAAGACUGCUAUGGGCUCGGUUACAGCUGCACUGCUCAACCUUACCCAAAGGUGGCACUAUUGCACUCCAGUUCUCACAUUUUUCUGUGAAGUAAAGGACAGAGUAGUCACUGGAUAAUACAUGAUCCUGAAUGCAUUCAGGUUGCACAUUUAAUCCCUUUAAUCCCUAUAAAAGAUAUGCGCUUUUGGAUGAAGCUGCAGAGCUAGCUGACUUUAUUGGUGCCAAACUGAUAAGGGUUAUCUGUUGUGCAUUUACAUGGAUGGCAAGUUAGCCCUCAAGAGUCAUCACCCUUGAAGAUAAGGCAAGUUGUUUAUAUCAAUAAAGCAGUAAUGGACUCCGACAGUUUGCCAAGGUGCCCAAAUGUUCAACCUGCCGCCUGAAUUAGACAUUUGGGGUUUAUUAAGGAGAUGUGGAGGACUGUCAAUAAAGAGGAUUGCUACAGAAAAUGAGAGACCUAAAAGGAGGCUGCUGGGGAUAGUUUAUUUUUAUUUGAAGUCUAAUCUGCCCAGUCUGAUUAAUGAUUCUGAUGAGGGGAGUGACAGCGUGCCAGGAGAUGGAGAGAGGAAAAAGAGAGAGAGCGAGAGCUACCAGGUUUAUUUGGAUCCAGGCCGGAGGAGAGAGAGCCAGCCCCGGUUAGGGAGGGAAGAGGGAUUCCUGUGUGCACUGUUCAGGGCCGAGGUGCUGACUGAAGGACCCUGACCUCCGCUCAGCAGGAACAGCUUGACUCUAUCACCCGGAGCACAGAGGGCUCACAUGCUACGGCGCUGCACGAUAGGGGUCAUGGGGGGGUGGGCCCGGGUGGAGAGGUGGAGUUGAGACGGGCCAGGGUACAGACAGAACCAUCCAAGCAGCCAACCAACACAACACUGAGCGGUGGCCUGGGUAAUUGAGUCAUGUUCCUGUGCUUAACGAGCUACUUCAGAGACCCCAGGGUGGGCCCAAGGCAGCGUGAGGGAAGUCAUUGAGGCCAUCAGUGUAACUAUAAUGUCUGUUUGCUUUUCACCCUCCACUUCCCUCCUGCAUUGGGCAGUCAUUUUACACAGCACAAAUCUUCACGCACACAAAAUGAAACAGGUAGCAUUUAAUGUUUCUGAGAAUCGUCUGUGUAACUUAAUUUCUGUUCAUCGCCGUUGAUUAAUCACACCAGGUCCAAGAUUUGAACAGUUAGCCUCAGCUGUGCUCCACGGGGGGUCAGGGUUCAACUUUCAGGUCGACCAGCUAAUGAUGGCCUGCGCUAAAACCCAAAACUGGGGAGUGCAGGCCUGAUGUCACCUGGUCGCAUACUAUAGCUGUUGUAAAUAGAGAAGUGUAAUUUUCCAUUAAAGCUUUGUUAUACAUAAUUUAUAUGUAAAGUAAUAACGCAUUGGGAUGCACCAUUAAAGUAAUGAUGCCAACUGA